AUGGCUGCUGGAAGGUUACUGCUGUAUGCUGGCCUCUCGUUAGCUCUGUGUGCCCUGGGCAUGCUGGCUGUGGCAAUCUGCUCUGACCAUUGGUACGAAACUGAUGCCAGGAAGCACAGAGAGAGGUGCAAGAGCAUCACCACUAAGAGAAAUGAUCCUGGCUUCAUUUAUAACUCCAACAACAACCUGCCUCUCAGGGCCAGCAGGUCUAGGUUGGGCCGCUGGGAAGGGAAACUCCUCUUGGCAAGAAACAGGAGGCAGAUCUUUGCUAUGAGCGCAGUUGACGAGUGCAACAGACAGUACAACUCGACCAACAUGGGGCUCUGGAGGAAAUGCCACCGACAAGGAUUCGACCAAGAGCUGGAGGAGCUGAUUGCCAAAGGAGCAAUUGAGCGGUGCACAUACAUCAAGUACCACUACUCCUCAGCGACCAUUCCCAAGAACCUCACCUACAACAUCACCAAGACAAUCCGCCAGGAUGAGUGGCAUGCCUUGCAUCUGCGCAGGAUGACAGCUGGCUUCAUGGGCAUGGCUGUGGCCAUCAUCCUCUUUGGAUGGAUUAUCGGGGUGCUGGGGUGCUGUUGGGAUCGAGGCCUUAUGCAGUAUGUGGCGGGGCUUCUCUUCCUCAUGGGAGGAACCUUCUGCAUCAUUUCACUGUGCACGUGCGUGGCUGGAAUCAACUUUGAGCUCUCCCGCUACCCCCGCUACCUGUACGGACUUCCCGACGACAUCAGCCAUGGCUAUGGCUGGUCCAUGUUCUGUGCGUGGGGGGGCCUGGGCCUCACUCUUAUCUCUGGCUUCUUCUGCACUCUGGCCCCUUCUGUCCAACCUGUCCCCAGGACCAACUGCCCCAAAUCUAGACCUGAGAAUGGGACAGUGUGCUAAAACAAAUAGCAAACAAAUACACACACACACACACAUACAUAUAUAUAUAUAUAUGUCUAUGUAUACCUAUACAUGCAUAUAUAUGUAUAUAUAAUUAUAUAUAUAUAUAUAUAAUCUCAAAUUAAUGCCAGUGCCAAGGUAGAGCUGAGUCCAACAUGGCACUCACAUCUCCACCGGACUCUGUGUCGCUUCGUUCUUUCUCACAGCAAUGGGAAAGCUUUUCUCUCACAUGGCUCUUCCAUCCAACUCUUAACUUCAGCAUCAUACCUUAGAGGUCGAAUGAACAUACAGUUGCACCUACCUACUGCCAUUUGGGAAGGAGAACAGGGGGUCUGUGUGGGGGAUCUGGAACCAGAAUCUGUACAGGACAUGGAGGGUGGGGUGGGAGGGACAAAAAGCCUGUCCAUUGCAGCCAGAAGGGAAAAUGCAAACAGCAAGCAAAGGAACAAAUCAAGCAUUUGAGCCACCUCGACAACGUACCUCCUCAAGGCCGUUAUCAGAAACCCACCCACUUUAUUUUUUUUUCUUAAAACAAAAUGACAG